GGAAUUUGGAGGAGAGACUCAAGCAAGAACUUGAAGCGGAAAUCAUGGAGGAGUCAGUGACCUUUGAGGAUGUGGCUGUGCACUUCACCACGGAGGAGUGGGCCAUGCUGGAUCCAUCCCAAAAGGAGCUCUACAAAGAUGUGCUGAAGGAAAUAUUGAGAAACAUGAUCUCUAUAGGAAACAUAAGGAAAUACCAAAAGAUUGAAAAUUCUGGCAUAAAGCUAAGAUGUCAACUGAUGGAGAAACUCCACGAGUGUAAGGAAGAUCAUGAGUGUGCAGAAAUUGUCAGCUUCUCUACAGAGGGCACUGUGGACCACACAUUUUAUCCAGGAGUACAUAUGUGUGGAAGAAAUGGGUGUGUAAAUGUAGUCAUCGGCUAUUUAGCUCUAAGUGUGCGGCUAAAACCUAGGCCAGGGCAGAAAAGAAAAGAAGUUCGGGAACAUGGAAAGGAGCUGAAUAAUAAUAAAGAGUCAGAGGACCCCUCCAGCUCUCCCCCAUCUUUGCAGAAGCAUAAAAGUGCUGUCACGGAAGAGAAAUCUAAUAAAAAUGAGCAGUCUAAUGAAGACGUAAGAAUCGGUCACACUCAGGAACGUACUCCUGAAGAAAAGCACCAUGAAUGUAAGCAGUGUGGGAAAACGUUUACUUCUCUCGGAUCCUUAAAGGGCCAUGAACAACAUUACCGUGCAAAGAAAUCCUUUGCAUGUAAGCAGUGUGGGAAAGCCUUCCCUUUUCCCAGUUCCCUACAAGUCCAUGAAAGGAUCCACACUGGCGAGAGGCCCUUCACGUGUAAGCAGUGUGGGAAAACCUUUGCUUAUUCCAGUUCUCUUCUAAGACAUGAAAAGAUUCACACUGGCUCGACUCCCCAUCAGUGUCAACUGUGUGGGAAAACCUUUACUCGUUUCAAUUCUCUUUUAAGGCAUAAAAUAAUCCACACCGGUGAGAAGCCCUAUGCAUGUAAUCAGUGUGGGAAAAGCUUUUCUCGCUCUGCUUCCCUUCAAAGACACAUGAGAAUCCACACCGGAGAGAAACCCUAUGUAUGUAAGCAGUGUGGGAAAGCCUUCAUUACUUCUACUUAUCUUCAAAUACACGAACGAACUCACACUGGGGAAAAACCCUCUGUAUGUAAGGAUUGUGGGGAUGCCUUCAUGCUUUGGAAUCAGUUUCGAAAACAUAAAGUAACCCACAGUGGUGUGAAUCCCCAUGUUUGUAAGCAGUGUGGGAAGACGUUCACUCGUCUCAGUUCCCUACAAAUCCAUGUAAGAAGUCACACUGGUGAGAAGCCCUGUGUGUGUAAGCAGUGCACAAAAGCCUUCGUGUCUUUGUAUCAGUUAAGAAGGCAUGAAGUAAGUCAUAGUGGUGUCAAACUCUAUGAGUGCAAACAGUGUGGGAAGGGGUUCUUCUGUUCGACUUCUUUUCGAAGUCAUGAAAAGAUACACAGCGGCGAUAACCCACAUGCGUGCUCACAAUGUGAGAAGGUUUUGAGUUCUGAGAGUACUUUGCGGAAACACAAAAGGAUUCACACUGGAGAGAGACCUCGUGUGUGUAAGCAGUGUGGGAAAGCCUUCACCCACUUAAGUUCUCUUCAGUACCAUGUGUUGAUGCACAGUGGUGAGAAACCCCAUGAGUGUAAGGGGUGUGGGAAAGGCUUUAGGUCUCUUAGUCACCUUAAAAACCAUGAAAGAACUCAACACUGAGCAGAGACCAUCUUCAUGUAAACGAUAUGGGAAAUCUGUUGCUUAAUACCUCUUAUGAAAACAGUCAUUCUCCGAGGUUUACAUCCCCAGCUUUGAAAGCAGUGCUUACACUU